GUUGGGACAUGUGACGCGAACAGACCCAUCAUCAUGAAGUAUAGUCGAUCCCCUUUCUCGCGCGAGAGGGAUUGGAUUAAGGAUUUAAGAGAUUACUCUGUUCCGUCCCCGUCCCCCGUCAUUCCCGGCUUGAGCGCCGAGCGAGUGAGAUUUUUCUAAUCGUCGAUUCUUCGCUAGAUUAUCGCCGCCGAGACCUGUUGCAUCCGCAUCGAUCAAUUUUUUUCAAUCAUGACUUUGAAGUUAUAUUAUGAUUUACUCUCACAACCUUCGAGAGCACUGUAUAUAAUUCUCAAAAUGUGCAAUAUACCAUUCGAGAAGAAGAUCGUAAAUCUGAAGAAUCUUGAACAAUACACUGAGGAGUUUGAACAGAUUAAUCCAUUCAAGAAAGUCCCUGUUAUAGAUCACGAUGGUUUUAAACUUGCGGAAAGUGUGGGAAUUACGCGAUACCUGAGUCGAGAAUUUAAAAUGAAUGAUCACUGGUACCCGUCCGACUCGAAGAAACAGGCAAAAGUUGAUGAAUAUCUCGAGUGGCAACAUCUCAAUACAAGACUUCAUUGCGCAACAUACUUCUUAGUUAAGUUUCUUAAUCCACUCAUGCGAGGUACACCGGCAAAGCCAGAAAAGGUGGCCGAGGCCGAAAGUCGUAUGAAAGAUUGCGUCGACAUUAUUGAGAAUGUAUGGCUGAAAGAUAAGCCAUUCUUGACAGGAAACACGAUCAGCGUGGCUGAUAUAUUCUGCGCUUGUGAAUUGGAGCAACCACGAUUAGCUGGUUACGAUCCGAAAAAAGGAAGACCCCACCUGACUGCCUGGAUGGAAAAAGUUGCUGCGGAAACAAAUCCUCACUAUCAAGAUGCUCAUAAAUUUUUAAACCAAAUGGUGGCAGGAAAUCCAUCGCAAAACUUUAAUUUUAAACUUUAAUUAUGUACAAAUACUUUACUUCAUUUAUGACGUCUAUAAAUAUGUAUAUAUCACAUAUGUAAUCUAUUCUAAGAUGGUAAUAUCUUCAAUGGUAAUAUAUUUUUAUUUUGAUAUUUUUAUUAUUUUUUAAGUAAAUAUUUACAUUUAUUGUGAUACAUAUAUAAAAGUUUGUAACGUUUAUUUUCCAACCAUUUGACAUUUAUCCAUUUUAAUAAAACUGUGGUGCUGUAAUUUCUUUACAACUGUUAUAAAAGUAUAAAAAUUGGUUAUGAUUUAGAAGCAUUGGAACAAAUAAAUAAUAAACGUUAUUUCUUACAGA